AAGCCUUCUUUCAGGGGCCCCAGGCUGAAGGAUGCUGGGCGGAGCCAGACAAGCUGCUCUGCAGGCUGGCGGGCUGCUGGGAGUUGCUUCGUGCUUCUUUCGGGGGAAAGACAGAGACUGACAUGGAACCGGGGAAGCAUCUGGCUGGCCUCAUCUUGGCUGUCACUCUUCUUCAAGGUACGACAGCCGAGACGAAACAAGAAGUUCCUGUGGUAAAACUAGAUGGCGAUCGAGAAGAUGGUUCGGUACUUCUGAUUUGUGACUCAACAGACACAAAGAUCACAUGGUAUAAAGAUGGGAAACCAGAAAAUUCCUCGAAUGGUGCUAAGCUGAAUCUGGGAAGCAGUAUCAAGGACCCUCAAGGGAUAUAUCGUUGUAAAGGAUCAAAGGGCAUUUCAAAACCAUUCCAAAUAUAUUACAGAAUGUGUCAGAACUGCAUUGACCUGAACGCAGGCACUGUAUCCAGCUUUGUCUUCGCCGAAAUCAUCAGCUUUUUAUUCCUUGCUGUCGGGGUUUAUUUCAUUGCUGGACAGGAUGGAGUUCGCCAGUCCAGAGCUUCAGACAAGCAGACUCUGUUGUCCAAUGACCAGCUUUACCAGCCCCUCAGGGAUCGGGAAAAUGACCAAUAUGGCCACCUUCAAGGAAAGCGAUUGAGGAAAAAUUGAACUCAGGACUCAAAGUGUUCUCCAUGCUGGAUAGAUCCCAGAAACAUGGCAUUACACUUUGGAACACUCCUAGCGGAGAGACUUUCAGCUCUAAUUCUAGACUCGAGUUUCCCAAAGGUGACAAAUGGAGAAGAAAGUCCAUCAGAGCAAAUACGGAUUUUUCUCAAAAUAAAACUAAAAGGAAAGUAAAAAUAUGUAUGGUGUUGCAUGAGCGCCACCUAUUGGGAGGUAAUUUUCCUGUAAAAGAAAAUGGAAAAGGUCCCAUAACCCCCCUAUUUGAAUAUUACUUUUUAAACUUCUAAUUUUUAUUUACUUUCUGUAAUUUACUUUCAUAAUUUACAUCGUUCAAAUAUGCAAUGAAAGGUCUCCCUCCACCUCCAUCCCCAGCCAUUCAGUUGUCCUUUCCAGAGACAAACAAUAUACUAGUUUCUUAUGUAUCUUUAUAAGGUAAAUAUAUAGGUAUUUAAAUCAGAGGUAUUCUAGGCAUACAUGAGCAAACUCUUUUUUUUUUCAUAAGCACUCUUAAGUACACAUUAUUCUUCCCUUCCCUAUUUUUCACACAAAUGGUGUCAUACUAUACAUCUUGCACUUUUCACCUAAUAAACCUUAAGAUUAUUUCAUAUCAGUAAGUAAAGCAGUCUUUUUAAAGUGCAACCACAUUACAUAGACUCGCUAUGAUUUAUUUAAUCACCCCGCAUGGAUAGACAAAAUAUUGCUGCCAAUAUUUUGCUCUUGCAAUGCUGCAAUGACUAACGUUGUAUAAGUGUCAUUUUAAAAAUAAUUUUAUAGGGGGUGCCUGGGUGGCUCAGUUGGUUAAACGACCUGGGAUCGCAUUGGGCAUUGGGCAACCUGCUGAGCGGGAGGUCUGCUUGUUCUUCUGACCCCUUCCCCUCUCAUGCUCUCUCUUUCUCAAAUAAAUAAAUAAAAUCUU